AUGACGGAGAACAGGUCUGUGACCGAAUUCGAUUUCACAACGUUGCCCGAUGCUUUGUGUACUGUUCCAUUCCACCUUUUUGACCAAAUAAAAAUAAACAGGAAUCCCUGCAUCUAUAUCUAUACCACCAUAGCGGGAUCGGCGGAUAAUGAGGGUAAAUAUUCGCGUUACAUACAAAUUCCGGACGAUGAAGGAGUUCUUCAUGUGGUCGAUUUAGACGCAGAGCCCAAUGCUAAACUUAUAAAGCAAAUUGAGAGAAACCCAGCCAACAAUGAGUACUACCUUUUUACAAGACGCAAUCCGACAUCGCCUCAAAAGCUUACACUAAAUGCUAGCAGUAUAUUUUCAUCCAACUUCAACUCCAAUAGUACCACUGUUGUAUCCGUACAUGGCUGGAUGGGCAACUUAAACGCUGCGAAUAAUAUAGUCAUCAGAAAUGCAUUCCUUGAACAAGACGACUUCAACUUAAUUGUUAUGGUAUGGGAAGAGCUUGCCGCUCAAAGCUAUCCGAGCGCAGUCGCCGGCAUACCAGCAGUAGGGAGGGGUCUAGGACAGUUUAUCAACUUCCUCAGCAGUAGUACUGGAGUUACAUUGGAGUCCAUUCACUUGAUUGGUUUUAGUUUGGGUGCUCAUGUUGUGGGUAAUGCAGGCAAGCAACUAAAUGGCAGAGUUGGGCGAAUCACUGGUUUGGACCCCGCCGGUCCUCUAUGGGACUGGAAUGCGAACCGGCUACAUUCAAGCGACGCUGUUUACGUGGAAGGAAUCCACACGGAUGCAAGCCCUAACGGCGUCGGUAUUGGCUUCCUGGCAACCGUGGGAGACGUGGACUUCUACCCCAACGGUGGGCUUGCGCAGCCCGGAUGUUCAACAAGCGCAUGCCAUCACAAUAGAGCGUGGGAAAUGUUCGCUGCCACAGUGACUUACAAUCAUUUGAUAGGAAGACGCUGCUCUGAUACUACCCAGCUCAUCACUGACUCUUGCAACGGAGUCCUUUUAAGUAUGGGCAACGCCAAUUUGACGAAACAAGCAACUCCCGGCAUGUACAGAGUGAACACGGCAAAACAGUAUCCAUUCUAACAUUAAAGAAAAAUUAUAUUUUUUUUUAUUGAUUUUCUAAA